AUGCCUUUGAUGUCUCGUGUUGCUCUGACCUUGGGUCUAACCCUCGGUGCUGCUGCUGCCCCAAACUCCAUCGCUGCCCCUAAGGGUACCGAGAGCCUCACUCUGGCCCUUCUUGGUGACUACGGUUGGACUGGCUGGCAGCCUCUGCCUUUGGAUUUCUGCAACAAUGUCUUGUCAAAGCUCGAGGCCGACGGUGUGGAGAUCCCCAAAGCUAUUCUGAAUGACUGCGAUGCUGGUGACCGUCUGGACAUCUCCAAUGCCACAAUUGAGGAGACCCGCACGGCUCGCUACAUUGAAAAGGUCUGUCUUAAGAAGAACUGCGAUGCCUUUGUGUCUGUCGGCGAUAACUUCUACGACAGCGGUGUGGACUUCACAUCGGAGGGUAUCCAGCGCUUCUACGAGGGCUGGGCUGACAUGUACGUCGGCGAAGCCUUCGACAACAAGACCUGGUACCAGGCUCUUGGCAACCACGACGUUGUCGCCGGCCAGGCUGGUGUUGAUUUCCAAACAAGUCUUGCGCCCCUGAUCGAUGACCGCUGGUACUUUGGGCACGAGAACCUGCCGUACUACACCUACGACUUGACCGGCUCUGACUGGACCGCAACAUUCGUGGUCGUGGACUCUGAUUGCUUUAUCAACAAGUACCAGGUCAACACCUCAGUUUACAACACCGACUAUGUGAUCUCCUGCCACAAGGAAACCCAAAAGCAGGUGGACUUUUUGCGCGAGUCUUUUGCUAAGUCCGACGCUACUUGGAAGAUCCUGCAGAUCCACCACGGCUAUAUGUCCUCCUCAACCAACUAUACCGAGCUGAACCCCUUGAUGGAAAUUGUUCGCGAAAACAAUGCCGUCGUCAUCAACGGCCAUGAUCACUGCUUGGCCCACUACCAGUAUGAAGGCACUGACUUUGUCCUCACCGGUGGCGCAGGCUAUGCUGAAGCCGGCGACUGCAACUACGGUGUUCCUAUCGGUCCCUACGCCAAGUGGCUUGGUGCCGAUGCCGAUCAGGCUGCCAACGGUUUUGUGACUCUUGAUAUCGACCGCAGCGCCUUGAACUUUGAGUACUACGUCCGGGAUAUGCGCAUGAAGGGUGCCGACUACUACGUUGUCAAGGACGAAAUGAAGCCCUCCUAUAGCUUCGCCGUUACCAAGCACGCGACCAAGGCCUAG